AUGGGUAACCCCAUCCCUGUCAACCUUGAACACGAGUGCCGCAAGGCCACCAAGAUCCUCAAUGACUUUGUCGACCCCGUCAAUGGCCUGGACAAGAUCGUGCCACUCAGCGUUUUGAGGAAGGCCAAAGGAUUCGCCAUCUUCUCCGUCUUUCGUAUCGGCUUCAUCAUCUCUGCACGUGCUGGCUCUGGUGUCGUCGUUGCCAAGCUGGAAGAUGGUCGUUGGUCCGCACCCGCCGCCAUCGGCAUCGGCGGUCUCGGUGGAGGCUUCAACGCCGGUGCUGAGGUCACCGACUUUCUCAUCGUCCUCAACUCCAAGUCGGCUGUUCGAUCCUUCAUGGCCACCGGCUCACUCCAGCUUGGUGGCAACCUGUCUGUCGCUGUUGGUCCCUUGGGCCGGUCUGCAGAAGCAAGUGGAAGCCUCAACACCAAAGGUCGAGUCGCUGCCAUGUUCUCCUACUCGAAGUCGAAAGGCUUGUACGGUGGUGUCUCCAUCGAAGGAAGCGUGCUGGUUGACCGAGAGGACGCCAACGCCAAGGCAUAUGGUCAGUAUGGCAAGAAUGCCAAGCAAAUUCUGUCAGGCUCGGUAGAGCGACCCCACUGGGCAUCCGGGCUCGUUCAGACCAUUGAUCGCUUCACACUGGCCAACACACCAAGCAAAGAUCUCGAUGGCGAAUACUUCAACUACGACGAUACCAGUAGCUUCGACAAUCGUGGUCUAGGAAAGAGCAGCGGUCGCAGAACCAGUGUCGACUCGCUCGACAGUCGCGAUACAGACAUCAUGUCAUACGGGAGACGGGAUGGCCAGCGCGCUCCGUCCCGUAGCGAUCAACUUGAUUACUUGCCGGAUCGCUUCGAUGAUUUGAGCACAAAGGAUCGAGACAAAGAACGAGAUCGAGAUCUGAUUGACGAUCUGGACGACCGCGACCGUGGCAGGAAGGAGGAUGAAUAUGAUCGAAACUUUGGCGCACCGUAUGCUUUCGGCUCACCAUCCUCCUCUUUGAGCAACACUCCAGCACGGGUCGGAUCGGCCAACUCGAAACGCCCAGGCAUCCGUCAGAGAUCGAGCAGUAUCGCUAGCAACCUCAGCUUCUCUAGUUUGAGUAGAAAGAAGCUGGAUCGUUCUGGACCGACACCACCGCCGGACUGGAACGACAUUCCUGGUCAGAGCAAGAGUAAUAAUACAUGGGCUGGCAUGGACGCGCUCGACCGCGAGCUCCAAGGCGGUGGUACAUCGAGCCCUUCAGCUGCCCGAAAGUCGCCUUUCGGUCAUAGCAAGAGAUACAGUGUUGCAGGCGGAGCCUCUUCUCCUGGCGACGCCUACAACUCGGCUAUGGCAUCAGACGGACGCAAUCGCAGUAGCAGUCUUCUUGGCCGAGGCAGCUCCAACACUCCCGUUGGAUGGUCCCAGUUCAAUGCGAAUGAGGAUGCUCAGGAUGAUCUCUUUGGAAACGACCAAGGCUGUAUUGCCUCCGCUGCUCGCGAUCCUUUCGGGGAGCUGGACGCUACAAUUGAUGGGAGAUACAACGGCACAGACGGCUACGACGGCUCAGCCAAUGGUCAUGGUCGGACGAAGUCGCCAUGGGAGAGCGACUCAGGGCGAGGCUCUGCUCCACCACCUUCCAAGAGCGGAGGCUCUCGCUUUGGCCGCUUCCGAACUCCGAGUCCCGCUAGCAGCGCUUUCGGCCGCAAAAAGACGCCUACCAUCAACGAAGAUGACGGUCAUGCCUCACUCAUCCAUCCUUCCGCGGACGACUACGACUACAAUCAGAAUGGGAACGGGAUGAGCAGCUUCGCUAGAAAGGAGUCAUUCUCACUAUCCAACGAGAAUGCAAAUGUGCCCGUAAUUGAACGUGUGAUCGCACUGUUCGACUUCGAGGCUCAGGAAGAAGGAGAUCUUGGUUUCAGCAAAGGACAAGUGAUCGCCGUCACUAGGAAAACAAAUAGCACUGAUGAUUGGUGGGAAGGUAGGGUUGAAGCUGGCAUGAGUGCUAGUAAGACGGCGAUCUUUCCGGCAAACUACACAGCUCCUUUGUAA